AUGACAAAUUGGAGUUCGGCUAAGAUUUAUUAUCACACACAGCAGCGUGAAAAAUUUGGAGCAGUGCAAGCAACACAGCAUUACACUUCGUUGAAUAUUGAAGGAAAAAUUGAUGGGUAUAUUCAUGCUAUCAAAAAUGGAGCGAAAUAUAUCUACGAAUCGGGAGUGAAUGUUCCUCUUACUGAUGAGAGACUACGGUAUUUCGAGUAUGCCAACAGAACUAGCGGUCUUGUGUACUACAAUCAAGAGGAAAGGAGC